AUGCCGAGGGGCUUCCUGGUAAAGCGAACUAAACGGACAGGGGGCUCCUACCGAGUGCGCCUAGCUGAGCGGAUCUUCCCACUGCUGGGGCCCCAGGGGGCGCCGCCCUUCCCCGAGGAGGCUUCCAGUGCUCCCCAGCCAGGUGCGGAGCAGGUGGCACCCCCCACCCUGGAGGAGGAGGCGGCAGCCCGCGAGCUGUCGGGGUCGUCCUGUCAGGCGGCUAGGGUGAGCCCAGGGGAGGGCGGGCAGGAAGGUGCUGCGGAGUGGAGGGCGGAUGGCAGGGAGGGCCCCGGGCCCAGCCCCAGUCCCACCAAGCCGGCGGUCGUGGAGCUGCGCCGGGCAUUCCUGGAGCGCUGCCUCAGCUCGCCCGUCUCUGCAGAGUCCUUCCCCGGGGGUGCCGCCGCGGUGGCUGCUUUCUCCAGCUCGGCGGCGCCAGCAGCUGCACCGACCUCCGGGGAGCAGUUCCUGCUGCCGCUCCGGGCACCAUUCCCAGAGCCAGAGUUCCAUCCAGACCCUGCUCCCCUCUCGGUCACCCUGCAAGGCCUAAAGCGGGCCGCUGGCAACGAGCGCCGUGCCAAGGCACCUCCGGGCUGCGCGUCUGGACCCGCGGCCGCCGGAGUCAAGAAGCCAAAGGCCAUGAGGAAGUUGAGCUUCGCAGAUGAAGUGACCACGUCCCCUGUUCUGGGCCUGAAGAUCAAGGAGGAGGAGCCCGGAGCACCGUCCAGGGGCCUGGGGGGCAGCCGCACGCCACUGGGGGAGUUUAUCUGCCAGCUAUGCAAGGAGCAGUACGCGGACCCCUUCGCUCUGGCUCAGCACCGCUGCUCCCGCAUCGUACGCGUCGAAUACCGCUGCCCUGAGUGCGACAAGGUCUUCAGCUGCCCUGCGAACCUCGCCUCCCAUCGCCGUUGGCACAAGCCCCGUCCCGCAGCGGCAAAUGCUGCCACAGUCUCUUCAGCCGACGGGAAGCCACCUCCUUCCUCAGCCUCCCCAGACUCUGGGGCUGUUGCAUCUUUCUUGGCGGAGGGGAAGGAGAACAGCCGGGCAGAGCAAACGGCGGAUCAGCACCUGCAGGCGAGGGACAGCUCCAGGGCGGAGCAGCACCAGGACAGCGCCCCACACCCGGGCCUCCAGGUGUCCCACCCCGAGCCACCGCUGCCUCAGGUCCCCUAUACGGAGGGGAUGUUGGGGCGCCGGGUGCCUGGGCCAGGCAGUGCCAGUGGUGUCGGGGGAACCGAGAUCUUCAUGUGCCCAUAUUGCCACAAAAAGUUCCGUCGCCAAGCCUAUCUGCGCAAGCACCUAGGCACUCACGAGGCAGGCUCUGCUCGUGCACUUGCCCCGGGCUUUGGCUCUGAACACGGUGCCCCGCUCGCCUUCGCUUGCCCGCUGUGCGGGGCCCACUUCCCUUCCGCAGACAUCAGGGACAAGCACCGGUUGUGGCACGCGGUCCGCGAGGAGCUGCUCCUGCCUGCUCUGGCUGGGGCCCCCCCUGAAGCUCCAAGCCCAGGCGGGGCAUCCGACGGGAGUGCUCAGCAAAUUUUCUCGUGCAAACACUGCCCUUCCACUUUUUUUAGCUCCCCGGGGCUGACCCGGCACAUAAAUAAGUGCCACCCCUCAGAAAGUCGGCAGGUACUGCUGCUGCAGAUGCCGUUGCGGCCUGGCUGUUGAGGACAGAGAUGAGGAAGAUUAUGCGGUUGGCUUUGGAGGAAACAGAGCAAGGGAAUUUCUGUGGGGAUUUCUUGAAUUUGCAAG